GUUAGCAGCCAUUCACACGACUGAUUUACGGAGUAUCUCAGUAACUGAUUUUUUUUUUUUCGUAACGCCGGGACCAUGAUGAUCCCAAGUGUCAUCGCGCCUCCAGCCCUUUACCCGGGGCUGUACCGGCCUGCCGCGACUCUGCCAUCCGCCUUCCCGGCUCACUCCAGCUUCCUGGUGGAGGACCUACUGCGGUUAAGCCGUCCCACCGCCUUCAUAAACCGAACUGUACCUCCAGUGAGCGCCUCCCUGCCCGCCGUUACCACAUCCGCGUCCUAUAACGGAGCCUCCGCGGAGCGCGCAUUGGCUACUGCCGCGGUGACGCGCGAAUCCUGCUCACCAAAAAUUUCCAAGGACCCAGGUUUCCUCAAGUUUGGAGUGAGCGCAAUCCUGGCUCCAUCACCAAAGAUCGCAUCCUCACCUCCAGGAAUCCAUAGUCUCCACUCCAAGACCUUCCCAGUCUCCUGCUUUGACGGAACCUUCCACCCCAUAUUCAGGACACCAUAUUUACCAGCAGCAUCUUCUGUUGUUCCCAUUCCUGGGACCUUUUCAUGGCCCCUGGCCGCCAGAGGGAAACCCCGCAGAGGGAUGCUCAGGAGGGCGGUGUUCUCCGACGUCCAGCGCAAGGCCUUGGAGAAGAUGUUCCAGAAACAGAAGUACAUCAGCAAGCCUGACCGAAAGAAAUUGGCCUCCAAACUGGGUCUUAAAGACUCUCAGGUGAAAAUUUGGUUUCAGAACCGCCGGAUGAAGUGGAGGAACUCCAAAGAACGGGAGCUGCUGUCAUCUGGUGGAUGCCGCGAGCAGACUCUGCCCACCAAAUCCAACCCGCACCCGGACCUCAGUGACGUGGGAAAGAAGUCCUCAGCUGAGGAUGAAGAAGAAGAGGAGUUUGGGAGAGAAAGCAUGAGCGUGGCUGGAUGUAGCAUUUCCUCCCCCUCUAUGUCCAGUAAGCACUCGGACUUCUCAGAGUCAGACGAUGAAGAAAUAACAGUCUCUUAAUUUAUUUUAGAAGCAAAUAUAAACUUAUAAUGGACGAGUUGUUUUUAUGUGACUGUGUUCAGAUUUGUAAGAAGCUGCUGCCCCGAAACAACAACUCAUUACAUGUUUUUCUGUUUGUUGCAUUAUGGAUUCAACAAACACUGGACAGGAUCUGCUUCUGAGAGAGUUUGCUGUUUUUGCACAGCUUUGUUCAACUGUACAGUAUUUUGUACAAUUUGUAUGGAAAUUUUAUGCCAAGAAUAUUGAGUUACUUUUAUCCUGACACUGAAUAUAGUUGUUUAUUGAGAAAAUGUAGCUAUUCCGUUAAUAAUUUAUAUAAAUUUGUUUAAGUAUGUUGUAUUCUGUACAUAUGUUUUAUUUCUCAACUUUUGUACAAACACCAAAUAAAAUUGCAAAUAAUUCAAA